AUGAGCUCGAUCGACUUCGACGAGGUACUUGUGCACGUGGGCGAGAAGGGCAAAUACCAGAACAUCAUGUACUACCUUCUUUGCAUACCCGCGACAUUGCCGGCCGCUUUCCUGGCGUUCUCGCAAGUGUUCGUGAGCGCGUCCCCGGAGCAUUGGUGCAGGGUCCCUGAGCUGGAGAACAUGACGCAUCUGCUGACGCUCGAGGAAAGGAAAGCUCUGUCGCUGCCGUACGUCGAGAAGCCUGACGGAAAGCUUAAGUACUCGAGAUGCACGAUGUACGACGUGAAUUACACGUCGAUCGUCGAAUCCUGGCUGGGACGAGGUAUCCACGAAAACACCACGGACGAGGCCACCGAUUAUUGGUCGAGGUCUCGGUUACCACCGCCACCGGUCGGCAACCCCGAUUGGCCGGUGAGCAAAUGCCGGAACGGCUGGAUCUACGACAACCGGGACUACGACAGCACCCUCGUCACCGAGCUAGACUUGGUAUGCGACAACAGCUGGUGGCCUUCCACCUCUACGACUUUCUUCUACGUCGGUAGUCUGUUCGGGAACGUGGUGUUCGGCUGGAUCGCCGACAAAUGGGGAAGAAGAACGGCCUUCUUCGCGAUACUGUUUCUCGAGGUGAUAUUCUCCAUCGCCACCAGCUUCAGCCCCAACUAUGUCAUUUACACGGCGUUGAGGACGGUCAAUGGGCUGUUUUUUCCCGCCAUCUACCAAAUACCUUUCAUACUUGCUCUGGAGAUGAUGGGCCCAAGGUAUAGAACGUUCGCUGGAAUGGUGAUCUGCAUGUUCUUCGCGUCGGCUAUGUCCCUUCUGGCCUUACUGGGUUACUUGCUGCGACAUUGGUUCGCUCUGUCACUGGCCACCUCGGUCCCGUUCGUUCUUUUGUUUAGCUAUUACUGGGUGAUACCGGAGUCACCGCGAUGGUUGCUCAGCAAGAAUCGUAUCGACGAGGCGGAGGUGAUCGUCCAACGUAUGGCGAGGAUCAACGGGAAAACGGUACCCAGUAAUUUUCUUCGGAAAAUGGAGGUGGAGAUUCUACGAAGACAGGGGAUUUCUUGUAACGGAACGAACUCGGGGGAGAACGGGACAGGUCAGCCCGAGGACAGAUCCCCGCCACCGGCUGCAACCCCCAUGGACCUGGUCAGGAAUCCAAACAUUCGGAAGAAAUUCUUCAUUUUGGCGUUCGACUGGGUGGCGAACGCAGUCGUCUAUAACGGACUGUCAUACAACGCCACGAACCUCGGGGUCUCCGAUUACCUCGCCUUCUUUAUUGGCGGCCUCGUCGAGAUACCAUCCUACGUGAUCACCUGGUACGCGAUGGAUCGACUCGGCAGAAGAUGGGUACUCUGUCUGACGAUGCUUCUGGGCGGACUGGCCUGUGUAUCCUGCAUGUUCGUUCCCGAAGCAGACGCGGUCUGGGUGACGGUGUGCCUGGCGAUGAUCGGAAAAUUCGGUAUUGCCGCCUCGUUCGCGGUCUUCUACGUUUUCGUCGGCGAACUGUUGCCCACGGUGCUUAGGUCGCAGGCGAUGGGUAUCGCCUCGUUCAUCGCUGGCAUAGGUUUGCUCGCAUUCCCUUACAUCGUUCAUCUUGCCGUGUACUCGAGGGUCCUUCCGUUGAUCAUAAUGGGUACACUGAGCGUCGCUGGCGCGCUCACGUCCAUCUUCCUCCCCGAGACCCUCAACAUCCAUCUUCCACAGACGAUCGAGGAGGGCGAGCUGUUCGGCGCGGAUUUCAAACUUUGGUCCUGCCCGACGUUACCCAAGAAGGGGAAGGACGCAGAAGAGAAACGGGAAUCGUUACCGUUACGGUAUUCGGUAAACGGCCGACCUGGGAGUCGGUCCUCGACGUCCAAAUCGCCAGAUGAGGCGUCGAGCCAGGACGCAGAAAGCUGCAGCCAGGAUCAAUCGACGCGACAAGAACCGAUGGAAUCAACGUGGAAAUCGUCAUCCGUCGACGAAACGACGUCGGGAACAGGGAAUAACGGGGAGAAACGGAUGGACGCGACGAUGGUCGUGAUCGAGCGAAAAAGGACGCAAUGAAUUCGCGUGCUCAAUUCCAACGACACAUCUCUAUUGUAAUUAUCAGUAUAGA